UUCUUAUUUUUAUAUAAGAAAAUUAAUGUUAUAUUAAACAUUUGUUCCUAUUUACCUAAAAUAAUUUUUGUUUUAUCUGAUAUUUUAUUUUUAUGAGAUGAAAUUGUGUCAAGAGUGGUUAACCAAAUUCUUCAACCCUAGCAAUGACUCAAGCAUUCAUAUGACACCUUAAUAUAGUUUGGAGAAAAUCUGAAUAAUUUCUUAAGUUUCUGUAAUCGCAUUAACGACUUGUCAGGAAGUAUCCUCAGUGCUGCCGGAUGGAGACGACCUCAAGACUGGUAGACCUGGGUGAUUAAUAUCUCCAGGUCAUCUUGAUCAGGAAAAACAACGGCAUGACAUUGGGAGCGAGACCCGUUGAUGAAAAUCAGCCACCGACCCCCGGAGCUCGAUGCAAGAGGUGCUACAACUGCCAGGAGGAGGGCCACCUUAGGCAUCAGUAUUCCCUGCCAUCCAGGAAUGUCCGCGUGCCAAUGGGAGUAGUGUCAGAAAAUCCGCGAGUGGUAACUAACGAUGGUCGGAAACGAACGUACCGUGAGAUGGGACCGGGACAGCCAACGACCUCAGUUCCCCUAAGGCCUGAUACGAAUAUCGAUCGGCAUCCUCCAACUAUUCAAAAUUACGACGCCCGUGUCCAGCCCCUGAACGGAUCUCGAGGUCCGAAUGAGGGAGACCUGCUGCAAAGAGCUGUGGCGACUUUGGCCACCGAGGUCCCUCCGCCAGUCGGUACUGAUGAAUUCUGGGGAAACCCCAUGUCCGCUUAAGGAGAUUAUUCGUGGCUGUAUUCUUAUGGCAUUAAAGUAAGCUAACUUAUUUUUUUUUUUCACCACAUCUCAGUCGCGAAUAUAUAGUUGUAUUUUUGUAUAUAAAUAAAUAAUAUUAGUACAUGUUAUAUAUAUUUUUUAUAGGCAUGCCAUAGGCCCAUAAAGAGGUGGCAUGUCGUAUUUUUAUAUAUAUAUUCAUAUUACAUAAUGCCAAUCAACCGAUUUAAAUAAGGUUGAUUGGAUUAUAAUUAACAUUGAAGAACACGUGAUAAAAAAUA